UACAUGACCUGUGCUCACCCCAGCACGACGUGAGAGCCCUUCGUAUGGAUGGCGGGGGUCGGACGCGUCGCUGCAGCCACUAACUCCGAGUGUUAAGUGCGGAAGUGUCUUGAAGGAGCGCCAGCCCCGCAGACCCAUGUGGCGCGGGUGAGCUCAAGCGUUUUAAGGGAAAACAGAAGGACGCUUGAGCAGUGACGACAGCCAGCAGGCAGGCGAGGCACCAGCCACCGCUGGGCGCAGCAGGCUGGGCCCGCAAAGAUGGCGGCGAGGGGCGCUUCCAGUACCUCUACCGUGUCCCGUCCCUGGCCGCGCCUGCUGCCUCCCGUCUUCUUCCUCUUCCUCUUCCUUGCCGCAGUACUCCAUUCAGGUGUUUGCAGUGAGGAUGAGGAACGGCUGGUGCGAGAUCUCUUCCGGGGCUACAACAAACUUAUUCGGCCCGUGGAGAAUAUGACUCAUAAUGUCCAAGUUAUGUUCGGUCUCGCCUUCAUCCAGCUUAUCAAUGUGAAUGAGAAGAACCAAAUUAUGAAAUCCAACGUAUGGCUGAGAUUGGUAUGGAAGGACUAUCAACUGCGGUGGGACCCAGCUGAUUACGGGGGCAUUGGAGUGCUGCGCCUUCCCCCAGACAAAGUUUGGAAACCUGAUAUCGUUCUGUUCAACAACGCCGACGGCAACUACGAAGUCCGGUACAAGAGCAACGUCCUCAUCUAUCCCUACGGAGAAGUCCUUUGGGUUCCUCCUGCUAUCUAUCAGAGUUCCUGCACGAUAGACGUGACGUACUUCCCGUUCGACCAGCAGACUUGCCUCAUGAAGUUCGGAUCCUGGACCUUCAACGGAGACCAAGUGUCCCUCACGCUCUACAACGACAAGAAUUACGUGGAUCUCUCUGACUACUGGAAGUCCGGCACGUGGGAUAUUGUGGAGGUGCCAGCCUUCCUGAACGUCAUUCCGAGCGAGAAGGGCGCCACGGAGACCGACAUCACCUUCUACAUCACCAUCAGGAGGAAGACCUUGUUCUACACCGUCAACUUGAUUCUUCCUACAGUCCUCAUCUCAUUCCUUUGUAUCCUCGUCUUCUACUUGCCGGCCGAAGCAGGAGAGAAGGUGACACUCGGUAUCUCCAUUCUGCUGUCACUGGUUGUGUUCCUGUUGCUGGUGUCGAAAAUCCUGCCCCCGACCUCCCUGGUGCUGCCGUUGAUCGCCAAGUACCUGCUGUUCACCUUCGUCAUGAACACGGUGUCCAUCCUCGUCACCGUCGUCAUCAUCAACUGGAACUUUAGGGGCCCGCGGACGCACAGGAUGCCCAACUGGAUCCGCGCUGUGUUCCUCAAGUUCCUGCCCAUCAUGUUGUUCAUGAAACGACCGAGGAAGACACGCCUGCACUGGAUGAACGACAUGCCUCCUGCCAUGGUAGAUCCCCAAGUGACAAACAACCCUCUCGGUCUCCCUCUCACAGCUGGCGUUCCUCCCCAUCACCACUUUGGCUCUCCGGAACUUAACAAAUCCACGAGUAAGAUUGAGCACAUGGAACUGUCCAGUCUCCACCAUCCCAAUUGCAAGAUCAAUCGAGAGUCUCCACUGUUGCAGAUGCCUCGUCGUGAGUCUGAGAGUUCAGACUCGCUUUUCAUGACUCCUGAAGCUUACAAGGCCACGGAAGCUGUUGAGUUCAUCGCUGAACAUUUGAGAAAUGAAGAUGAGUACAUUCAGGUGCGGGAGGACUGGAAAUACGUUGCCAUGGUGAUCGAUCGUCUCCAGCUUUACAUUUUCUUUGCAGUCACCACAGCAGGCACUAUCGGAAUUUUGAUGGAUGCCCCGCACAUAUUUGAAUAUGUAGACCAGGAUAAGGUUAUUGAAAUGUAUAGAGGGAAGUGAAGUGUUGUGUGGGUGGUCUGUGUGUUGGCAUUCAUGUGUAUAAUGUAAAAUUUGGAAAAAAAA